AAAUGUUUUUACGACAUAGCCAAUUCUGACUUUGUGGCUGUGCUAUCUAGUGAAAACACCCCUGCUGAACAAGAUACAUACCAUCAGAUCAUCCUUUCCUCUCAUUCCUCAUUAGCUUGUUACUAGCGUAUCUCACAAGACUAGCGAUUCAAAGGCGAUCUAACUUUACUUUCACAAUCUUUGGAUGAAGAAGUAGCCUAGUGUUUUUGAUGUUCCAUUCCACGUAUGGAUUGAAUCAAUCACCUCGCGUUAGCUAGCUAGCUACUAAAGCUCUGAUGCACUCUGAAUGUGUAGUUGCCAUACACUUGAAGUUGCUGGAAACAAGUUUGUCCCAACAACAACAGCAGUAGCUAGCUACAACGACCACUAUCUAGUGGUGAAUCAUCACUGUGGUUGGGCUGGAAACACUCUGGUAUUAGAGCAGGUGGAAGAACUGUUGAGAGAGACCUGUGCUGGACAGGACCUUUGGCUACCUACCAAAGCAGCAUCUGUUCACUUCCACAGACAGACAGCCAGAAGGAUAAAAAUGCCUCUUGGAUUGGGUAGAAGGAAGAAGGCAUCUCCACUAGUGGAGAACGAGGAAGCUGAGCCGAUCCGAGCAGGCCUUAACGUCCCAGGAAUGGACGGCCUGGAUGGAGGAGGUGUUGGGCUCGGGGAGGGUACCACCCAGGAGGGUCUGCCCCCACCCACCAGCCUGAGACCUCGUCUGGUCUUCCACACCCAGCUAGCGCACGGUAGCCCCACGGGACGCAUCGAGGGCUUCAGCAACGUGCGAGAGCUCUACACCAAGAUUGGAGAGGCCUUUGGGAUCGCACCACCAGAGGUGAUGUUCUGCACUCUGAACUCUCACAAGGUGGACAUGGACAAGUUACUGGGGGGUCAGAUUGGGCUGGAGGACUUCAUCUUCGCCCAUAUCAAAGGCCAGAGGAAGGAGGUGGAGGUGUUCAAGGGGGAGGAUGCCCUGGGGUUGACCAUCACUGAUAAUGGAGCUGGCUACGCCUUCAUCAAGAGAAUAAGGGAGGGUAGCGUGGUCCAUCAGAUCCAGGUCAUCAACGUGGGAGACAUGAUUGAGUCCAUCAACGGCCACAGUCUCAUUGGCUGUCGACACUACGAGGUGGCCAAGAUGCUCAAGGAGCUGCCCAAGGGGAAGGACUUUGUUCUCAAGAUGGUGGAGCCCUUGAAAGCCUUCGACAUGAUCGGCCAGAGGUCAGGAGGGGCCCGGGCUGGCUCAGGAACCCAGCUGGGGACAGGGAAGGGCACCCUGCGUUUACGCUCCAAAGGCCCAGCCACUGUGGAGGAGCUGCCCUCUGCAUUUGAGGAGAAGGCCAUAGAGAAAGUGGAUGACCUCCUGGAGAGUUACAUGGGCAUCAGAGACAGUGAGCUGGCUGCUACAAUGGUGGAGCUGGGGAAGGACAAAAAGAACCCAGAUGAGUUUGCCGAGGCGUUGGACGAGACUCUCGGAUUUGCCUUCCCGGACGAAUUUGUGUUUGACGUCUGGGGUGCCAUCGGGGACGCCAAGGUCGGCCGGCUGUAACCGGAGGGAGCAGGGGAACAACCUGUGUGUGGUUUUGAACGCUAAGGCGCCAACCCGCAACAAACAGAACUACUAGGAAACACCACACUACCAUCAUAUGAUUUACUUAAUGUUUUCAGUGUACUUUUUUUAACGUGGAGUUUACUACUCUUGUUGGGAGACUUUUGGGAGAGAUUCUUUGGGCGGAUAGAGACAGUGUAUGGGAGAGGAUAGAGGACUCUGAUCACUAGCUCUGUGGUGAUCAGGCUCUCAUCAGACUCAGACUAUUGAAUGCAACACGUGGAGGUUAUUGUGUUCAAACAGCAAGUGCUUUUCAAUUUUCUUCCGGGUCUUGUGGUUGUGGACACCCUCCUGACCUGGAACACGUCACAUGUUGACCCCCAUGUCUUUGUUCCACUAGUCCUCCUAUGAACAAUCCCGAGAACAAGUGGGAGAAAUGAGGGACCACGGCUUACAUACACCUACCUUUGAUGUUUGAGUUCAAAAAAACAGAUUUUUUUCCACUUUGCACUGUGCUGUAAAAAAUAUAAGAAAAGUGCAUUGUACUUCACUGGAGCGGUCACUCACUACAUAGCACUGGACUACAGUAUUUUGUGUUCUGUGUAGUGUUGUUCAGGGAGAGGCGUAUUGAGAUGCUCGGGCCCAGAAUGUUCUGGUCAAAUCACAUGGUCAGAAAACAGUCUUAUUAGCAUGUGCUAUUAGUUUUUGUCUCCUCUCUGUGAGUUCUUUUGGUUUUAUGUGCCGUUGGGAGUGUCACUAGUGAAGGAGGGUUUUGGCUGCUGAAGGUUUACAAUGCAUAGGCUAUCACUACAGAAUUUUCUGCAGCUUUUUCUAUGGUUCAAACUACAAUCACUAACAGUUUUUCUGAAGUGAAUAAACGAUAGAAACGAGCUGCACUUAACUGACUGUGAUGUGCUGCAAGUAAACAAAGAUGGUCUGAUUGGUUAGUACUUAAAUGGUCCCCUUUGUCAGACGUAAGGGAAACUCCAGUAUUAAGAAAAGCAGUGUUAUAUUACGGUAUUACAUGAAAGUACUUGUAAAAAAACAAACAAAAAAAACUAAUUACUUAUUGGUGGACUGUGCAAGCCUUUACUUUCUUUUAAAUAUAUGUUUUUGCAGGAUUUUUUAAGGGAGUGUUGUGAAGUAUGUGUUUUAAAUGAAAAGUAGAGUUGUGUUUCUGAUGAGGAAUUUCCUCUGUUUUAAUUGACUUGGUGGUAAAAAUGAAUAAUGAUAUCCAUGCCAAAAGCGUUGGCAUUUCCAAUAGACUGCAUUCUUGAGGGACCAGACAGUCUCAACAUGAAGGAGCCAAAUCGUUAUGCACAUAAGUCAUGGACCGGUCAAGUAAUGAAAGAAAAAUGCACCAUUAUGCAAUUCUGCAAUGAAAUGAAGGACCAGGUCCAAGACUGUUACUUUAGGAAAGAACCUGGACACUACCAUAGGAACAGAAUGAUGAUGUCAUUAUCAAACCAAACUACUUUCUGCAAAGUCAUCUAGGCUUUUAAUGACUUCUUUAUAGAUGAAUAAAAAAAAAAAAACAUGCAAUAUGGGUCAAAGUUCCAAGAUAUAGAAAAUAACUACUCAAAAUAGAAAAUAUUUAUUUUCAUAACUUUUUGUGUUAUCUUUUCCAUAGUCUUGCAAUAUCUGUGUAUGAACAACAUAUUUUUGUAGUAAAUGGUUUGGUUGUUUUUCUGUCUUUUCAAUGCUGUUGAAGUAUAUCUAAAUGGUUACUGUCAUAAAAUACUGAUAAUAGGCACUGUAACACUGAGGACACAUUGUUUUGGAAUGGCUUUCUAUUAUGUCUGAUUUAUAAUGGCAAUAAUAAUGACAACGAUUAUGAAAUAAGAUGUCUUCCAUGUCUCUCCCUCGUAGUUGAAUACACAAAUGUUGCCUUUGA